AUGGGCGACUCGUCUCGGAAAGGCUCCAAAAGCCCCACCAGCCCUGGCAGCGCUACGAAAGCGUCUCCACCACGGGCCGCCUCCGGUUCGCCCGGCCCCGUUAGCCCGCAGUCCGCGGCGAGCCCACCGGGCAACACUGGGCCUCUUGAAGCCGAUGAUGAUGAGCGUGACAGCGACGUCGACUCCCUUUUCAGCACGACCGGUGUGAGCGACACAACAUCCGUCUCGUCAAGCAUCUUCAAGUUCCGCGAGGAGAAUGGCCGUACUUACCAUGCCUAUCGGGCAAGCGAAGCCGCGUACUUCCUGCCCAAUGACGAAACAGAGAAUGAGCGCCUAGGUAAGUCAGCGCCACGGCUGCGGAACCGCCUUCACCGUGCUCACUGGCACCCAGACCUCCAGCACAACCUCUUCCUUCUGUGUCAAGACAACCAUCUGUUUCUCUCGCCUGCUGGAAAGGACAAGCCGCUCAACCGAGUUCUCGAUGCCGGCACUGGGACCGGCAUCUGGGCCAUAGAAUUUGCUUACGAAGCUAGCGUCCCGCCCAAUGCCGAAUUUUUCGUUGACGACCUCGAGAGCGACUGGGCUUUCGCAACCAAGUUCGACUUCAUAUAUGCCCGCAUGCUAACGGGGUCCAUCAAAAACUGGCCUAGGCUAAUUGGGCAAUUCUACCAGUACCUAAAUCCGGGCGGCUACGCCGAGCUGGCCGAUGUCUUGCCGCUAUCAUGCGAUGACGGCAGCUUACCAGAGGGUUCCCCGCUUGCGCAGUGGAACCGCUAUCUGGUCGAGGCAAGCGAGAAGCAUGGGGCCUCCAUGAAGUCGGCAGCUUCAUACAAGCAGCAGCUACUGGAUGCCGGGUUCCAGGAUGUGGUCCAAACUGAGUACAAGUGGCCUAUCAACACAUGGGCCAAGGAUAGCAAGCACAAGGAGAUAGAACAUUCUUUCCGGUAUCCAGGGGGUCAGUAUAAUGCUCUUCACCAAUAUCCUGGGCUGGUCGGCCACCGAGGUGGAAACCUUUCUGGUCGGUGUCCGGAAGGACUUGAAGGACCGAAGCAUACAUGCUUAUUGGCCCAUGGUGGUUGUCUAUGGGCGGAAGCCUGA